AUGUCCAAAGCAUCAUCACUAUUCAAGAUGAAGGUCAUCCAACUCAUUUGUGUCCUUCAACUUCUCUUUGUUUCACAUUCUCCUUUUUGGUCUCUCAACAACAUGUUGUUGUCAAUUCAUCCAGACAACAUCAACAACAAUAACAUACUGAAUCACCCAAUCUCCACCACACGAGUACAUGCCAUUUCAUCAAGAGCCUUCGCCUGGGGAAAUGACAUGUAUGGCACACUUGGUGUUCAAAUGGGCGUUCGAGCAGCCACUCCUAACAAAGUCUCUUCUCUCACUGACAUUGUGAAUAUCACCACUUCGUAUCAAUAUUUGAAAUUAAGUGAAGGUCCAGGUUAUUACUCUCAAUAUUUACUCGGAAUGAAUGAUAUGACCAAUCCAGCAUCACUUGAAUUAUUAGGUAUGGGUUUCGAUCAAUACCUUCCUUCCUAUUCGACAGGAAAUUCCAUGUAUCCAAUUCAGGAAAGUCCUGUUCCAUUCACAAUCUUUGGAUCUAAUGUCUUGUAUGUGAGUACGAAUAUGUAUGUGAGUGUGGCUGUGACCAAAGAUGCUGCUCAGAAUUUCAUCUUGUAUUCAUGGGGGGAUUGUAAGAAUGGAGGUUUGGGUGAUGGUGAUUCUACUUUUAGAGGAGUGGUGCGAACACCUGUCAAAGUUCAACUGCCAUCUCCAUGUCAAAAAAGUUUGAAACAAUUCACUCAAUUUGAUCAGGCCUUUUUACUUUGUCAAGAUUCAGAGAGACAAUACUUGUAUGCAUAUGGAAAUAAUAAUUACAAUCAAAUGGGAGUUGUCAAUACUCCGAGCGGAAAUUCUUCAACUCCUAUUGCAGUGGAUUUGAAUACCUUUGGAGGAAAAUCAUUGGUCAAAGUGUUGCCAGGAUUUCAAUUUAGAGUUGCAUUGACUUCUGACUCGAAAAUUUAUGUCACUGUGAAGAAUCUCCCUUUGAGUGCUGGAGAUUUUAUUGUGGACAUUGCUGUGGCUUCACAACAUGUUCUCAUGUUGACCAAUACUUCUAAAAUAAUUCUCUAUGGUAACAAGCUUGAAGAAUUGGGAAAAUAUUACACUGGAGCACUCACUUGUCCAAUCUUUGUCUUGAGUGAUCUAUUCCCAAUUUUAGGAAAUCAAAACAUUCGAAAAAUUGCUGCAGCUGGAGAUUUCGCUCUCCUCUUGUCCUCAGAUGCGCGCUCGAUUUAUGCCAUUGGAGACAAUCAAUUUGGAAAUCUUGCCACAGGAAACACAUCAACCAUUUAUGGACCCUAUCUCAUCACAUCUCUCAUCUGGAACAUUACUGACCUCACUGCAAGUCAACUCGGAAGUUAUGCAGUCCUUUCGGAUGGUGGUCCUUUUUGUAACAAACUUCUCAGUUCCGAUCCUCGGGUAUGUUCAGGAAAUGGACAAUGUGUCACACAAGAUUAUUGUCUUUGUAAACCAGGAUAUUUUGGAAGAUAUUGUGAAGAAUGGACUUGUUUUGGAAAACUCAAGAGUUCCUCAUCGGUGUGA